AGAACACCACAUGAUUUGAGGGGAGAACGAGGUGCGGAAUUGAGCCAAAACGAGAUCGAGGCAGCAGCUACAGCAUCUAACGUGGAUAUAGCUGGCAGAGUGAUUGUUUCAUGGAUGGACGGUCGAGUGCAGACCACCGCAGAGGUACCGUACUCUCCAGAUCUAGCAGAUUUACAGCUCAAUACUCGCAAUACAAGCCGUGGAUCCAUAUCUACUUGGAGUGACGUCACACCUUGUUCAUCCCACGCCUAAUUGGUGCAUAAAAUCCUUGGUACUGCAGGUGGAGGCCGAAGCGGUGGCUUGAGACGCAAAGGCAGCGGUGGACGAGGCACAUACCGACGCGUACAGACAUCGGUGGGCGAGUCGACGGAUGAUGCAGGCUCUAAAACAAAUCCAGGUAACCAUCGCUCUGUGCAGGUGGUGGACGAUUCCAAUGACGAAGCCCCGUCAGCGCCAUUUCAGUCCUCACUGCGGUCCUCGCUCAAGGACUCAAUCAAGAAGAACGAUCGCAACAGCCCGAAGGCGGACUUGCAGGUGCAGACCAAAGGACAGCGCCAGGUUAUCUCGCUGUCUUCACCGUCACCACAGAAGGGAGCGGGGCAGACCAAGAAAUUUGUCAGUAGCUUGGCAAAGUCCAUUGGGCGGGAUGAUGACCGAGGAUCGAGACAGGACAGGGACGAUCGAGGAGGACGAGCAGUGCAGGGUUCGUCAUUGCGUCGCUCGAAUAGUCGGGAGCCGCCGAGGCGUUCAAACAGCAGGGAACCUCCACGACGCUCUAAUAGUCGAGAGCCUCUGCGUCGUUCUAACAGUCGAGAGCCAAGGCAGUGGUCUGGUGAAGCUCAAGGAUCGUAUCGACCUGGCAACCGAUCGGUUUCAAGAACCAGAUUAACGAGAAAAAACAGCACGGACAGCGUGUCGUCGCAGCGAUCAGACCGCAGCGACAGAAGCUAUCGCAGUGAGCGUUACAGCGAGGAAUAUCGAUCAUGUCUUAACGAUGGGCCGCAACCUGUGCGCAGACUCUCUAGCGGUCCAACGCCGUUUAAAUCGUCUUUGGCGGGGUCUCUGAUGAAGAGCUCACAAGACGUCCGCGUCAAGAAGGAACGCCCGGCGUCUGGGACAAUUGGCCGUUCAUUUGGCAAACAAUCGCAAGAAGCGUCACGACGAUCGUCACUGGAUGGAGGGGCUGCAUCGCUUCGUAGAGUCAACUCAAGCUCCCCAGUUGGAUCGUCGGGAAACCGAUUCAAGUCUCAAGAUGCUCGAUGGGCAGGUUCUUCAGAGUCACAGCGGCCGUCGUCUGGACCUGGUGGACUAAAGAAUAAUACUCCUGCUGGCGAUUCGAUUUCGCCGAAGCCAGAGAAAUCUAAUGUUGCUCAUGAAAAGGAGGAUACAGCUGCCAAAUCCCCUGCAGCCCCCGUUGUCGACGAAGCAGAGCGUAAACGUCUUGCAGAUACACUUCGAGAACGCAUGGAAGCCCGGAAACUUGAUCGCAGUAGCAGUCUGGCUCAAAUGAUGAAGGCGCCAUUAGAGCGUAAGGGCUCAAUGGAAAGCGAGGCACGACAAAGUCCACUUGGUUCAAGAAAAGAACUCGAUAAUGAUAAAGCUGCAAGUAGCAGUAAUGCGGAAAAGGACGCGAGAACCCGCGAGUAUUACGCUAAACUCGACAAGGAGAACACGGAGCGAGAGGCUGCACGACGCGCUGCUCCAUUCAAGUCCUCAUUGACGUCAUCAAUCGAGUCUGGUCCAGCCAAAAUCCAGUCGUCGCUUGCAGCAUCAAUUGAUGCUGCACCGCCUCGAACCCUCAAGUCUUCUUUGACAGCAUCGAUGGAAACCAGACCAGUGCGGACGCUUAAGUCGUCGUUGGCAGCAGCGCUUGCACCAUCUCGAUCGACUGCGACACGCGCCAAGAAGCUGCAGUAUUCGCUCGCAGAGCUGAGGAGACUCGUGGAAUUUGCACUUCCUAGACCAACAGAUCUUAUCGACAUGAAAAUCGUGGAUGUCACUCAGAUUCGUGACCCGGCUUCGGUCAUUAAACGAUCAUCAGGAGUGGGCUAUGGCAUUGGUAGAUCUAUUGGAGGCAGCAUUAGAAAAGGCGAGCGUUCAGGUGGUCGUGGAGCGAGAGGCCAAGGUGGUUUGAGAGAUGGUAGACUCGACAAACAAGGCCGCGGUGGCCGUGGUGGUGGACGCGGAGGUCGUGGCGGAGCUGGUGGCCGUGGCGCUUACGGCCGACCACCUCCACCACCGCUUUAUGAUGGUCCAAUUGAGCCUCUGACCGUGUCCGAGAACCGAUGGAAACCCACGAAGGAGAAGGAUAUCUCUUCUCUCGAGAAGACGCUGAACAAUGUGAAGAGUAUGCUGAACAAGCUCACGAGAGAAAAGUUUGCUAAGCUCACAAACGAGCUCUGUGCAGUCGACAUCGACAGUUUUGCCCUGUUGAGUUCGAUUGUCUCAAUUAUUAUGGAUAAAGCCUUGGAGGAGCCCAAUUUCGCGGACGUGUACGCUGAUCUGUGCAAGGAAUUCCACACGCGGACAGUUAAGAAGACCUGGGGCUUUUUGAGUGUGCUGAGUGAUGAAAACGGCUCAUUUUAUUGGACGGGGGUUGACAAGGCAACAUUUACGUCAUUUGCUGGCCCAUUCGACAGCCCACGCAGCUGUCUUGAAGAUGUUAACUCUGCUGAAAGUGCCACUACUUCGACGUCCGACUGCGAAUCUAUUCCCUCUAUUAAUUUCCGUCGUCACGGGGACUACUUAGUGGCAGUGGGUGAGAAGGAGCCGGGAGUUUUCUACUACUCCAAGCGGAAAAUGAGUGAAAUUGGCGACGAUGAACCAUUCGGAGGGCCGUUCGAGUCUGCUGAACUUGCACGGCACGCGGCCGCAACUCAAACCACGUUCACUCGACUUCUAGUUAACCGUUGUCAGGGCGAGUUCGAGAAGACGAACAAGCACAUUGGCUCUCAGGAAGAGAAGAAGGAGGAGGAGGUUGAUCCUCGACGUCGUGAAAUCUUGGCCAUGCGUGCGAAGGCAAAGAUGCUGGGUAACAUCCGCUUCAUUGGUGAACUGUACAAGGUUGAUCUGAUCAAGCAAUCCGGAGUUCAAGGAUGUAUCUUCUACUUGCUAGGACUGGAGUUAAUACCUGGAGAAGAUGGCCAAGAAGUGCAGGCUCAGGCUGUGCGCUUUCCCGACGAACACGACCUGGAAGCACUGUGCAAGAUGUUGGCGACGGCUGGCAAGAAAUUCGACCAGCCGAAAACGAAGACGAUCAUGAAGAUCAUCAUCCUGCGCAUGGUGGAGCUGUCAAAUGACGCGAAAUUGCCGUCUCGAGCUCGAUUCCUGGUCAAGGAUGUCUUAGAAACACGAGAUCACAUGUGGGAACCUCGUCGCAAGGAGUUGCAGCAGAAGACUCUGGAUGAAGUUCGAAAAGAGGCGCAGAAACUCCAGCAGCAAGGAAAGAAUGCCCAGCAUGACGAUGUACAACGACGUCGCCAUAAGACGCGCAUCUCGAGUGCUCAGCUCGCGAAGCAGAGCAGCAACCUCAUUGUGGCCAAGAAGGAGGAGCCCGAACAUGAGGAAGCACAGGAACUAUCCCCCGCUCAGAUGUCAACUCGUAUCAAGAGCAUCAUACAGGAAUACCUUUCUAUCUUGGAUCUGGAUGAAGCUACUGCAUGCGUCCAGGAGCUACCCGUGGAUCCGUACCAUGUCGAGUUUACUGAACAAGUCAUCAACACGGCGUUGGAAGGUAAGACCAACGAACGUGAACAUGCAGUGGAGCUGCUUGUUGGGCUGUAUGCGCGUGGUGUGCUGGACGCAAACUCCAUUCAGACAGCGUUGGUGAAUGUGAUGGAGUUCCUGGAAGACAUGAAGAUCGAUCUGCCGUUGAUUCACCAGUACUCGGCGCUGAUCUUUGGUCGCUUAGUGGCUUCUGGCUGCUUUGGCUUGUCGUGGAUUAUCUCGGAAGCACUGGCUCAUUGUGUGGAGUGCAAACUCACAUCUUUGGUGUUCCCCGAAGUGCUAUCGGUGUUGGAAAUGGAGAGCGACGAGACGAUGGUGAUCCGAAUGCUGACGGAUGAGGAGAUCACCCCGGAAAGUGUACUGCCUACAGCGAUGAGGAAUGAGGUCGAUGUGGAAGCAUAUCUGCGUGGAAACGGCAUCGAAGACUUCUUUGGUGACGAGGAGGACGAGCUGGAUGAAGAAGUUGCUGGAAAGAUGCGUAGCACACUGGAGGAGUAUCUGUCUGUGAAGGACUUCAACGAGGUGGUGCUGUGCAUCGAGGAGUUGGAAGCCGUAUCUGAUCGCUGGCGACACUUUGUGCACAUCGCGUUGGCGUUCAGUUUAGAAGAGAAGCAAGCUGUACGCAGGGGCGUGGCGGAGUUGCUUGUUCAGCUCUUUACAAGCGAGAAAAUCUCAUCCGAAGACAUCGAGACCGCUGUUGAGAUCAUCUUAGACGACUACGAUGACUUGCGAGUUGAUAUCCCUCGACUUGCUGUGAAUCUGAGCGAGCUUUGGACACCGUUGUUCGCUAAGGAGGCUCUGUCAGUGCAGUGGUUGAGCGAGGCGUGCUCUCAUCUGGUUGAUAGCGGUCGCGCAGCGGAUGUACUUGAUGCUUUACUGUCUUCACUGGAGGCGCAGGAUGGGCGAGAGGCUCUAGUGAACUGGUGGAAGAAGCAGACAGACGUGGAUGCUGUUUGGACGCAGAUGUCGCCUGCAGAAGAUGGUAAGCCCAAGGACGAGCGACUAGCGAAGUGGAAGUUGGUGUUGCAGUGACACAUUCAACACUGUCGAGAUAGGUACAAGGCUUUCAGUGCAUGGAGAAGCCAAUGAAGAGGGAAAAGGACUGCCUGAUGUGUAUGGAUAAGGGAGUCUGUGUGAAUAUGAACAAUUGUGCUGCAAUAGUGUUAUGGGUGUUUGAGUCUCAGCUCAGUUUACUGGAUGGUGCACAAGCAGCCUUGGCUCGAGUCUGGUCCGCAGCCUGGCACUUCUGUAUCCACCGCAGCGACUUCACUGGGCGCUGAUACUUGCUCUUUACCGUCAGCA